CAUUAAUUCAACAGAUCCUGCUGAGUUCAGAAAAAUGCUCAGAAAGAGGGCAGGGAAAGAAAAGGAAGAGCAGAAGAAGAAGGAUGGAGAAAUCGAUGACAAGUUCUGGGAAGUCCUCAUGAGUGCAGACAAGAAGGAAUAUGAACGCAUCUGCGCUGAGUACGGGGUCAAAAAUUUCCGUUGGAUGCUGAAGAAGCUCAAUGAGAUGAAGAAGGAAAGAGAGGAGGAACAAAAGAUGUAUGUUGAAACCAUAAGUAACCUGAAACACAUUGAGGUGAAAGGAAAUGGCAUGGCUUCGUUUGAACUUGACCUGGAGCUCAAAGACCCCAGCAGUAGGAUUUUCCUCUACAAGGAUGGUGUCAUGAUCCCUUACGGAAGUGACGGAUGUGACGACCCGGACGUGAAGCACAACCUGAACAGAAUCGGCAAGAAACUGGUGUUCUCUGUGAAAGACUUGAAGCCUGAGGAUGCUGGCCUGUACCAGGUGGACGUGGAGGAGGUCAACAUGUUCUCAACUGAUUUUAAGAUUCCUAGUGUUGACUUCAUCGUGAAAAUCCAGGAGGUGAAAGCCAAAGAGCGUGAGGAUGCACUCUUUGAGUGUGUCCUCUCUCACCCACUAUCCAGACUGAUGUGGAUGGGGAAAAACGUGCCCUUGGAGGACGGGGAGAAAUACACCAUCACUGUCUCAGAAGACAGGCUCAUCCACAGGCUGCUGGUCAAGGACUGCUUGCAGCUGGACAAGGGAAUCUACGCAGCUAUGGCCGGCAUUAAAACCUGCAGUGCCUGGCUAAUUGUGGAAGAUCCUGGGGUUCAGUUUGUCAGUGGGCUAUCUGAUGUGAACGCCCUCCGGGGCCAAUCAGCAGAACUGAUGUGCAAGCUCAGCAACGACCAGUGUGAUGGAGUCUGGUUCAAAGAUGGGAAGAAGCUGACUGAAGGAGAUGGGAUAACCCUGUCUAAAGAUGGGGCCUGCCAUAAGUUAUUAAUUGACAGUUGUGAAGAGGACCACUCAGGAAGGUACCGAUUUGAGGCAGAAGGGCGGAAAUCAGAGGCUACGAUUUCUAUUAAAGAUCCACCAACAUUCAACCCUGAUGACUUGGGCAAAUUCGCAGAGCCUGUGAUUAUACGAGUUGGGCAAACCGCAUCCUUUAAGUUGCCCUUUGAGGGCCGCGAUCCGAUGAGGAUUCAGUGGUACAGGGAGGGCGAGGAGCUUUUGGAGGACACCAACAUCAAAAUUGAGAAGUCAACCUCCCACAGCAGCCUCAAACUCAGCAAGUGCCAGCGAAAAGAGUCUGGAGAAAUCAAGAUACGACUGAGGAACGAUUUUGGCACAUUAGAGGCCUUUUCAAGGCUAAUUGUCCUUGACAAACCUGGACCACCCCAGGGCCCAGUGGAAAUUGUGGAAAGCUCCGCCUUGUGCGUCGAGAUCAAGUGGAGACCCCCGAAAGAUGAUGGAGGCUCACCCGUGAAGAAUUACAUGAUGGAACGCCAGCAGAUCGGCCGCAAUACGUGGACAAAAAUCGGAGAGAUUCCCGGUGUUCCAACUUACAAGGAUACCAAUGUGGAAAAUGGUAGGAAGUACUGCUACCGGAUCCGCGCACUCACUGAAGAGGGCAACAGUGAGAUGAUGGAGACAGAUGACAUCAUGGCAGGCACUUUGGCAUUCCCUGGUCAACCGGCUGCACCAAAAGUGGCAAGCGCCUUCAAUGACUGCAUCAACCUGACUUGGACAGCUCCUGGUGACACGGGAGGGUCUCGCAUUACGGGCUACAACCUUGAGAAACGCAAGAAGGGCAGCAACAUCUGGAGUCUUGUAAACCCAGAUGGGGAACCCAUACAAGCAAAGAAGUAUGCUGUUCAAGACGUUGUUGCUGGAAUGGAGUAUGAGUUUCGUGUGACAGCUAUCAAUGUCUCUGGUCCGAGUGAACCCAGUCCACCAUCUGAGUUUGUAAUUGCACGAGACCCUAAGAAGCCCCCAGGCAAAGUGACUGAGCUGAGAGUGACUGACACCUCGUACAACACCGUAUCUCUGAUGUGGACCAAACCCAAUGAAGAGCCAGGGGUCCAGGAUGAGGCUAAGGGGUACUUUUUGGAGGUCAGGCCAGCAGAGAGCCUGGAGUGGAAUAGGAGCACCACCACGCCGAUUAUUCUGACCUCCAACACCGUUAAAGGACUGAAGGCCAUGGCUAUGUAUUGGGUGAGGGUCAUAGCAACGAAUGAGGGUGGAGAUGGAGUGCCCACUGAUCUGGACAACUAUAUUUUGGCCAUGCCUCCCCCUGUUAGGCCAAAGUUCACAACUCGCAACAUGCAGAGCUUUAUGGUUGUGCGUGCUGGGAAUACGGUGCGGAUCAGUUUAACCUUUGAAGCAUCCCCUUGGCCAGAGAUAGAGUGGCUGAAAGAUGGCGUUCCUGUAACCAAACGUGUGACCAUCAGCAACUCCGACGGGGGGUCUCAGCUCCUGAUCCCGUCCUCCGAGCGCAGCGACUCUGGCAUCUACACCAUAUCGAUCAAGAACAUGGUGGGUCAGGAGAGCUUCAGUAUUGAGCUCAGGGUGACAGAUGAGCCAAAGCCACCGGGCCCUAUCGAGCUGGAGGAGAAUGUUCCAGGUACGGUGACUGUGGUCUGGGAGUCGUCCCCGGAUGAGAAGAGGGACGACCGCCUGCACUACAUGGUGUCCCAACAUGACUCAACCAAGCGGUCCUGGAACAUAGUUGCGGAAAGGCUCUUCAAUAACAAGUUCACCGCGUGCAACAUCAUGCAGGGGCGUGAAUACCACUUCCGGGUCUAUGCCAAGAAUGACAUGGGCUUGUCAGCCCCAUCUGAGUCACCCACCUGGGGUUCGACUAAGCAGAGAGACAAAUUUGUGGUUGACAUGCCCGAGUACAAAACCUGCAAUUUCCAGUGUGCGCCAGCCUUCCUGGUGCCCCUGAAGGUGCGUGUGGCGCCCAAGGGCUACGAAUGCUACAUGAGCUGCGCUGUGAAAGGCAACCCGCGGCCCCGCAUCACCUGGUACCACAACAACGUCAGCCUCAACACCGACACCAACUACCUAAUCACCAACAUCUGUGGCGUCUGCUCCAUCCUCAUCCUUCGAGUGGCGGGCAGGGACAUGGGAGAGUACACCAUCACGGUUGAGAACCAGCUGGGCCGGGCCGAGAGCUCCACCAGGCUCGCUGUCCGAGAAUGAGAUGGCAUGGGGCUCAAGAAGUUUCUCACAUCCUCCAUAUCUUUUCAUCAUCUCUUCCAUCAUGUCAACAUCUUGGAUAGGAGCUUCUGUUGCACUAAUGUUACCUGCUGCUAUUGACCUGUGGCACAGCUAUCGGCAUGCACAUGUGAUAUAACUGGAGGACAUGUAUAUAUCUACAGUACUGACUUUACUUUUUUAAUACUGCUGUUUAGAUAAACAAACCUCAUAGUACUUUUGGUUUGACUCAUUAAAUGAGUCCAGAUGCACUGUGAGAAUAUUCUUUGCUUGAUAUUGAAAAAAGAAGCAUCAAUAUCUGUUGUGUGAAUGAGUGGCGUGAAAGGUGUGACUAACUACUGCUAGGUUAAGGGGGAUUUCAAAAACAAAAAUAAGUUCAGUCUAAAUGGUACAUAGAGCUGAAGCAGUGAAUACAGUAAGGGACACAGCAUUCAAUAUAAGAAAUGAAAGGAUUGAAAUGAUGGUAUGCAGGUGUAAAUGGAACUGAUUUGGCUUCAGACAACCUAAUGGUCUUUAUAAUCGAAUAUAGACUAACGUGUAAUAAAACAGCGCUGCUUUCAGCAGUGGAUCUGAUGGCUUUAUGGUUAGGAGUUCAGUAUGGCAGACUUUUCUUACCAGGCUGUGGGAGUGCAGUGAGUGUUUUGGAAAAUGGCACCUCACAUGAUGCAAUCCAGAUGUCAUCAAUUGUGUUUGACAAUAAAGUUGAGCCUUGUAUUAUAAA